UUUCCCCUCGUCCGUGACCCCCUUCGGCCGGGCCGGCGGCGGGUGGAUUCGCCGCACAACUUUUUGGGAGGGAAAAGAACGUCUGGUAGUUGUGAAGUGAGUGCACUGGAAGACCCACCAUCACACUUCACCCCGCACAGACAAUCUGCUUCAUCUUGGUUCAUCAUCAUUCCAAGAUAGUGGUGUCCUUGGGGCUCUCUCUUAACACUGACAUGGUACAGAAGAUUUAAAAUCAGCUGAUGUUCACAAGGAAUAGAGUCACGUGAUGUAUGAAGGCAAACACAUACACUUCUCUGAGGUUGACAAUAAGCCCUUGUGCUCAUAUAGCCCCAAACUGUGCAAGCAGAGGCGACUUAACGGCUACGCCUUCUGUAUCAGACACGUUCUGGAGGACAAGACUGCCCCCUUCAAGCAAUGUGAAUAUGUGGCCAAGUACAACAGCCAACGCUGCACCAACCCCAUCCCCAAGUCUGAGGACCGUAGGUACUGCAACAGCCACCUGCAGGUACUUGGCUUUAUACCGAAAAAGGAGAGGAAGAAAAAGAAUGAUCCCAUAGAGGAGGUAAAGGUCAGGCAUCAGAUGGAUGCUAUGGCCUUCGGUCUAACAGUGCCCACCCUGGCCUUGAAGAUGCCCAAUGGGCUGGAUGGGAUGUCCCUCUCCCCUCCAGGGGCAAGGCUUCCUCUCCACUACCUGGAGGCAGAAUUAGAAGACCCCUUUGCUUUCAAUGAGGAGGAUGAUGACCUAAAGAAAGGGGCAACGGUGAAGAAAAAGUUGCAGAGCAAGUUGGCUCACAACCGGCAGCGCCAGAGAGAGACAGAGAUUUUAAAAGUUCGCCAAGAGCACUUUAGCCCCAUUCCUGCACCUUUGCAGCAGCAGCCUCUGCAGCAGCAGCACUCCCAUCUGCCACCUUCAUCAGCUUCGUUAAAGCCGACAGGGCUACCGCAGGGCAUAGUCUGCAAGUCACCUCAACCUCUGAACACCAGCCUACCAAUGCAGGGAGUGGCACCCACCACACACACUAUAGCACAAGCACGGCAGUUGUCUAACAAGAGACCUCUGCCUCUCCUGCCACCCGCCAGGGCUCCUGUCACGGACCCGCCAAGGACUGACCGGGUCCUCAUGAAAGCCACAGCCUUCUCUCCACACUCGUCCUGCAUGAGCCGGCUCCAGAGACUGGUGAAACUGUGCACUCGAAAACAGCAGCUGGACACUGAUCUGUUUCCUCACUUAGGGCUGGAUUGGUCUGAAGACAGUGGAGAAGAGUUGGAGGAUUCAGAGCAAACCUCCCCUUACCAGGUUGCGUGGUCUAUCCGAGAAAGCCUCGGCUAUGAGAGACCUGAGUCCGAUGAUGACAAUGCAGAUGACAGGAGUUCCAGGGUGACCAGACUUUGCACUUACUUUCAGCAGAAAUACAAGCACCUCUGCCGCCUGGAGCGGGCAGAAUCCCGCCAGAAGAAAUGCCGGCACACGCUCCGGAAAGCCUUGCUGCAGGCGGCCAGCAGAGAGCCCGAGCGCGCGGGGCAGCUCCUGCAGGAACUCCGGAGAGCUGCGUGUGCUUGUACCAGCACAAGCCAAGCAAGGCAGAGAGAUGCAGAACCAACAACCUGCAGUGGGACUUCGAAGGGAGAGCAGUGCACUAACAAGGCCCUUCCAUUCACCAGGCACUGUUUUCAGCAUAUCUUAUUGAACCGUUCUCAGCAGCUCUUCUCGAGUUGCACAGCCAAGUUUGCAGAUGGUCAGCAGUGCUCUGUGCCAGUUUUUGACAUUACACAUCAGACACCUCUGUGUGAAGAACAUGCCAAAAAAAUGGAUAAUUUCUUGAGAGGGGACAGCUCCCGUAAAGUUCAGCACCAGCAGCAGAGGAAACCCAGGAAAAAAACGAAGCCACCUGCACUUACCAAAAAACACAAGAAGAAGAGAAGGCGAGGCCCACGCCGGCCCCAGAAGCCCAUUCCUCCUGCAGUGCCCCAAGGGAACCUCACCAUGCCUGCCAGUGUCUCACUGCCAGUAGAGAUACCCCACAUACGGAGCCCCUCCACACCAGAGCUCAGUGCCGAUGAGCUGCCUGAUGAUAUCGCCAAUGAAAUCACAGACAUUCCACAUGACUUGGAAUUGAAUCAGGAGGACUUCUCUGAUGUCCUGCCGCGGCUGCCCGAUGACUUGCAAGAUUUUGAUUUCUUUGAAGGUAAAAAUGGAGAUCUUCUUCCAACCACAGAAGAGGCUGAAGAACUGGAACGGGCCCUACAGGCUGUAACUUCUCUUGAGUGCCUGAGUACCAUUGGAGUACUUACACAGACAGAUGGUGUGCCAGUUCAGGAGCUGUCAGAUAGAGCGAUAGGGGUGUUCUCUACAGGUGCUGGAGCUCCAGGAAUGCAGUCCUUGAGUCGAGAUGUUAACACGGAUCUGGGGGAGCUGUUGAAUGGGCGUAUAGUACACGAUAAUUUCUCCGGUCUGGAGCUGGAUGAGAACUUGCUCCGUUCUGCUACCUUGUCCAACCCACCUACGCCCCUGGCAGGGCAGAUCCAGGGGCAGUUCUCAGCCCCAGCCAACGUUGGCCUUACUUCUGCCACUCUGAUAAGCCAGAGUGGCCUUGGGGAGAGAGCCUUCCCGGGACAGUUUCAUGGACUUCAUGAUGGCAGCCAUGCCUCCCAGAGGCCCCACCCUGCCCAGCUGCUGAGCAAGGCAGAUGACCUGAUCACCUCACGACAGCAAUACAGCAGUGACCAUUCACACUCCUCACCCCAUGGAAGCCAUUAUGAUAGUGAGCAUGUGCCGUCUCCCUACAGUGACCAUAUCACAUCCCCUCACACCACAUCCUUUUCUGGUGAUAACUUGGCAGCUACCUUCUCAGCAGAGAUGCCCAUGAUGGCACAGCACUUGCUCCCAACACAGCUGGAUGUGCCACUUAGCGGGGUGGUCAACCCCAGAACUCACUGGGGAAAUCUUCCUGUCAAUCUUGGGGACCCCUCUCCGUUUAGCAACCUUCUUGGUGCAGAUGGACACCUCCUGUCCACCUCCCUGUCCACACCACCUACCACCUCGCACUCAGAGACCACACAGCCUGCCUUCGCCACUGUGACCCCCAACAGCUCCAGUGUGCUUCCGGGGUUACCACAGACCAGUUUCAGUGGCAUGGGUCCUGCCUCCGCUGAACUCAUGGGCUCCACCUCCCCUAAACAACAGCUCCCUCAGUUCAGCGCAGCCUUUGGGCACCAGCUGAGCUCCCACAGUGGCAUUCCCAAGGACCUGCAGCCCAGCCACAGCUCCAUAGCUCCUCCCACGGGCUUCGCAGUGACCGGUGCCACCGCUACCAGUACCAAUAACGCAUCUGCACCCUUCACCACCUCCAACUGAGCUUGUCUGCCUGGCUCCCUGCAGGAGAAAUACCAGUGCAUCACUAUUGUGUUUCAUUUUAACAUACUUUGUGGAGGAUGGAUGUUUUUAUUGAAGAUGUCUGUAACCCGUCUAACUUAUUUAAUGUGAGAAGCCUUCAUUGGAAUCUAUCGUCUGUUUGUUUCCAACAAGUUCAAGUUUCUGCAACUGUUUUUUCACCAACACGUUAAAUAAUUCCCUUCUUAUUUUAUGCCUGAGGUUUUAAAAUUUAGGUUUGUUUUUUGGCUAUUUUCCCUCCAAUUCCCAAAAAUAUUUAUCUGCAAGUGGAGCAGAACAGAUGUCAGAAGCUCAACCAAUAUCUUUUUUGCAGUUCAGGGUAAAUAUAUUUACCCUAGACUUAAUAAAAGAAGGUGGCAAAUGGACAAUCUGAAGUGCUUAGAGGGAAUGCUCUCUCUUUUUAAGGCUGUCUCCGAGAAGUUUGUGUUUGGUGUCAUUUUAAAGGUAGCUUGAUCAUGCUUUGAUAUCAGAAACAGCCUUGUAACAAAGAGCCUCAUACAGUUGUUCGGUCACUAGAGUUUAAAAUGUAAACAAGUUGCAGUGGGAAAGCAAAGGUGAGGCAGUGUAUUUUGAACCAGUGAAUUGUAGCUUGCAAAUGUACCUGAUUUUGAAGUAACUGCAUGGUAGCAAGGAUUAGCAGUCUCUUACACCCCUUCCUUCUUCCCUCUCAUAUCUGACACACGUGUUCAGCAUACCAUACAUUGGGAAAAAUAAGCAACUUCCUCCAGCAACGCUAAUCCACUUAAUGACUGCUUAAAGGGAACAUACAAACGGGCACUGCCACGUCCCGUCUCAUGGUAUUAGCUGGAAGCCUGGCUAAUACGCACAAACAGCCCAGCCCAGCCCAGCUUGCUUCUGUGGAUGUGUCGCUUGGGGAGAGUGUGGUGCACAGAGGUGCCCCAGAAGAAGGGCUCCUUCCUUCAGGAUCCCUGGCAGCAGUGGCACCUCGCACCACUGCUUCUAGUGCUGGAGGCGCACGGACAGCAUUCCAGGGGCGGGGAGGAAAGCUUGUGUUUGUACUUUCCCUUUAAAUAGGAAAGGUUGGCUCACAUGUUCCUCAUACUUCUCAAUGAAUGUACUGUAUUACCAUUAAAAAAAAAAAAAAAUCAAUUAAAUGAUAAUAGAUUGGUCUCCUUUUGUUAUCUGGUCCUUGUUUAAUUUGUUUAAGGGUUUUUGUAUACAAAAGUUUACAUUUUUAUGUAUAUUUUUCUUGUGUAAAAACUGAUGUAAUAUGUGUAUAAAACACUGUAUGUAUUAUCUGUAUAUAGUGUGACAAAAUGAUUUUCUUUCUUUCUUUUGGAUGUAUUAAUAAAUCUUGCUGUGAAGUAGCUGUGUUUACUAUGAUGAAACCCUCUUCUCCAAGCCAUUUUGCCAAGUCCAAGAUGUAUGGAUAUUGCCCAGGAUGAAAUCUACUCCAUAAAGUGAUUUUCUUUUAAAACAUAUCGUAAGUACAGUUAUUAAACUGUCCUUUGCUUAGAUUGCUGUAGAGUCUGAGUCGGCUCUUGCUUAUUCUCUGUUGCUUUCUAAUGACAUUAGCUAAUUAGUUUUGCUAACAACCUGGGGUCUUUAAUCUCAGUCCUGGUUCUAAUUAUAGUGCUUUCUAGCUCUGGAUCCCUGGUCUGGAGUCCAGAUCCUCUUCAUCCUGUUUUCCAGUUUGAGGAAGUAUAAUUUAAGGGGUAUAGAAUAGAAUUUUCUCUUGUAUGUUGUUAUGUUUUCUGAGAUUUAAAAAAUAUA